UCCGCCCAGUGUUUUGAGUUGUGUUCACGUUUCACCCCGCCCCUCGAUCUGGAGCUGCAGCUGCGGCCCAGUGGACCAGAGCAUCUGGGAUGAAAGGCCCAAAGCUUGGGGACUACACAGCCCCCUCCAUCACCCCUGGAGAGAACCUAGUUCCAGACCCGCCUUGGGACCGCUGCAAGGAAGAUGUUGCUGUUGGCCUGAGAAAUGUGGGAGAAGAUGGAAAGGAGCUGGUGAUAGGCAGUGGAUGUAGCUCCCUUCUCCAGGAGCCCACUGCUUCUACUCUGUUGAGUGGUACUGCGGAGACAGAAUGCCAUGAGCCUGCCUUGUGUGGAUGGGAAAGAGUUGUGAAGCAAAGGUCAUCUGGGAAAACUGCAGGAAGAUUUGAUGUAUACUUUAUCAGCCCACAAGGACUGAAGUUUCGAUCGAAACGUUCGCUUGCUAAUUAUCUUCUUAAAAAUGGAGAGACUUUUCUUAAGCCUGAAGAUUUUGAUUUUACUGUACUGUCUAAAGGGGCCAUCAGGCCAGGUUAUGAGGACCAAAGCUUGGCAGCUCUGGCUUCCCAGCAGCCAAACAAAACCGACAUUUCAAACCGGAACCUCAGGACACGAAGCAAGCGGGAAGCAGAUGUGCCGCCUCUGCCAAGUGGUAAUUCAGAGUUGCCAGCUAGCAGCAGACCACUGAACUCUGCUCCUUUGCUGUUGAAAGAAGAUGCUGGCUCUGGGACGAUGAGAAAACCCAAAAGAAAGGUGACUGUUUCGAAAGGAACUAGAAAUGAAAAAACGAAACAAAGGUGCAGGAAGAGUCUCUCAGCUUCUGCUCGAAGUACCAGAAAAAGAGAACCUGUGCUUCAGAGAGCAGGUGCCGAAAGUGAAUGCCAACUCAGCAGAGCCCGCUGCCCCGUGGAUGCCUGCACAAAUGACACCGUCGGCGUGGCUGGGAAAGAAAAGCGCCUGAGAAAGGAAAAACCACUGACCCCAGGGUCAGAUCUUCACUCCACACAAGUAACCUCUGGCAUCACAAAGAAAUUAUGCUCAACUGAAGAAGCAGGUGAUGCCAAGCAUGAGGCAGAGGAAAUCAGAUCGAAGGGAGCCCAAGAGGGGGAGGCACAUUUGCAUAUCGACGUUUUACGGGGUGGCCCUGAAAUGCCCAGCUGCUCACAAGCCAAAAAACACUUUACUUCUGAGCCAUUUCAAGAAGACAGCAUCCCACAAACACAAGUAGAAAAAAGAAAAACAAGCCUGUAUUUUUCCAGCAAAUACAACAAAGAAGCUCUUAGCCCCCCAAGACGCAAAGCCUUCAAGAAAUGGACCCCUCCUCGGUCACCUUUUAAUCUUGUUCAAGAAACACUUUUCCAUGAUCCAUGGAAGCUCCUCAUCGCGACUAUAUUUCUCAAUCGGACCUCAGGCAAGAUGGCCAUCCCUGUGCUGUGGGAGUUUCUAGAGAAGUACCCUUCAGCUGAGGUGGCCCGAACUGCUGACUGGAGGGACGUGUCUGACCUUCUUAAGCCUCUUGGUCUCUAUGAUCUCCGUGCAAAAACCAUCAUCAGGUUCUCAGAUGAGUAUCUGACAAAGCCGUGGAGGUAUCCGAUUGAGCUUCAUGGGAUUGGUAAAUACGGCAAUGACUCCUACCGGAUCUUCUGUGUCAAUGAGUGGAAGCAGGUGCACCCUGAAGACCACAAGUUAAAUAAAUACCAUGACUGGCUUUGGGAAAAUCAUGAAAAGCUAAGUCUGUCUUAAGGCUGCCUGUUUGAAGUUUUCUGUGCGUUGCUUUGUGCUUCCAUGUCUAAGGGCCCUGUGAUGUACAGUAAGCAUCUUCCCAAGCAUGUAGGUUUUCUCAGCUUGUUAGAAGCCAGUGUAUGUCUUAAGCCUUUGCCACAGCUAGAUCUUUGUCACUGAGCGUUGUUGUAUUUUAAAACUUGCAAAAAAUAAUUGUUGGGUAAGGGUCCUAAAAGUGU